GCGACUUCUUCCCUCCCAGCCACACCACCCACAGCUACAUGUCGCCCACCGCGCACGCCCCGCACAGCUCUGUCGCCUACGCCUACCCCGCCUAUUCCGUCGAGGGCAGGUUCGCCAGCACCGCUUCCUACGCGAACGCCCAGCCGUCUUCGAUGCAUCUCCCACCCGCCGGCGGCUCCAACCACCACUACCGGUACUCGCAGCCGACGCCGCCUCAGCCCCAGCUGCACUCGCCGCCCUCGCUCCAGCCCGUCGCCGCCCAGGGCUGGCACAGUCGGCCGUCGUCCGUCGCCUCCUCCAUGUCUCACUCCUCGGGCUCGAUGCACAUCGCGUCUCCGGCAUCCAUCAUGCCGCCCUCCUCCGGUCGCCGAGAAACCCGGAGAAGCCCGCAGGGCGAGGCCGAACGCGCUCCGCAGGCCGCGAUCCUCUACGAGCAGUCGCGCAACCUCCUCCACGGCUCCCUGUCCUCCCAGAGAGGGAGCUCAGCCUACGGCUCGAACUCCACGCGUCUGCCGCCCAUCCUCCAGGUCGAGAAGCAGACCGUCACGACGAGCGCAACCCAGGCCGCCAGCGCGAGCCGCCGACGGAACGAGGCCAACUUCCAGUGUCCGGUCCCCGGCUGCGGCAGCACAUUCACUCGUCGCUUCAACCUCCGAGGGCACCUCAGGUCCCACACCGAAGAGCGUCCGUUCGUGUGCGAGUGGCCUGGCUGUGGCAAAGGCUUUGCGCGCCAGCACGACUGCAAGCGACACCAAGCCCUACAUGCAGCCCGAUCACAGACGUCAAACGUCUGUCAAGGCUGCGGAAAAACCUUCAGCAGGCUGGACGCUCUUAAUCGGCACUUGCGCUCAGAAGGUGGCGUGGAAUGUCGACAGACUGCGGAUGCAGUUGCUAUUGCGGCACGCGGCAGCCCUAACGAAGACGACUGGGAGGACCAGAGUAGCAGCUCGGACCGAAAGGCCUCGCCCUAAACGAUACAUACACGUUUCCUCUGUACGUCAACUGAGCCAUGUUCUGCUAGCCUGCUUGUUGAGUUUCCUAGCUUAUUACGAGUACUUGUCGCUUUCGUGUAAAGUCUUAUUCAUUGUAUCAUAUUGCCAGCACAGGAUGGAAGCCAAAGUGGAG